UACAAAGAUUGAAAAGGAAAAAAGAGAACAUGCAAAACAGCAUGGGAUGAUAAGAACUGAAAUAACAGGAGCUGAGAUAGCAGAGGAGAUGGAGAAGGAAAGACGACUCUUUCAGCUACAGAUGUGUGAGUAUCUUAUUAAGGUUAAUGAAAUCAAGACAAAAAAGGGUGUGGACCUUCUCCAGAACCUUAUUAAGUAUUACCAUGCACAAUGCAAUUUCUUCCAAGAUGGCUUGAAAACAGCUGAUAAACUUAAGCAGUAUAUUGAAAAGUUGGCUGCUGACUUGUAUAAUAUAAAGCAGACACAAGAUGAAGAAAAGAAACAACUUACUGCUCUCCGUGAUUUGAUAAAAUCUUCUCUGCAGCUUGAUCAGAAGGAGGAUUCACAGAGCAGACAAGGAGGAUAUAGUAUGCAUCAGCUUCAGGGGAAUAAGGAAUAUGGCAGUGAGAAGAAAGGUUAUCUUUUAAAGAAGAGUGAUGGGUUAAGGAAAGUAUGGCAAAGAAGGAAGUGCACUGUUAAAAAUGGAAUUCUUACCAUAUCACAUGCAACGUCCAACAGGCAACCAGCUAAACUGAAUUUACUGACCUGCCAGGUGAAGCCAAAUGCUGAAGAUAAGAAGUCCUUUGAUCUAAUAUCACAUAACAGAACAUACCACUUUCAAGCAGAAGAUGAACAGGAAUACGUAGCAUGGAUAUCAGUAUUGACUAACAGCAAAGAAGAAGCAUUAAAUAUGGCAUUCCGUGGAGAUCAGAGCACAGGGGAAAACAGUUUAGAGGAUCUGACAAAAGCCAUUAUUGAUGACAUACAGAGAUUACCCGGCAAUGAAGUCUGUUGUGAUUGUGGCUCACCAGAUCCAACAUGGCUAUCAACUAAUUUGGGCAUUUUAACCUGCAUUGAGUGUUCUGGAAUACACAGAGAAAUGGGUGUGCAUAUUUCUCGAAUCCAAUCUUUGGAAUUAGACAAAUUAGGAACGUCUGAACUCUUGCUGGCCAAGAAUGUAGGAAAUACUAGUUUUAAUGAUAUUAUGGAAGGGAAUUUACCUAGUCCUUCACCUAAACCCAAUCCAUCAAGUGAUAUGACUGCACGUAAAGAAUUUAUCACUGCUAAGUAUGUAGAUCAUAAGUUCUCUAGGAAGACUUGUGCUUCUGCAGCAGCUAAACUGAGUGAAUUACUUGAGGCUGUCAAAUCCAGGGAUUUACUUGCACUAAUUCAAGUCUAUGCAGAGGGGGUAGAGCUAAUGGAGCCACUGUUGGAGCCUGGACAGGAGCCAGGUGAAACAGCACUUCAUUUAGCAGUCCGGACUGCUGACCAAACCUCUCUCCAUCUGGUUGACUUCCUUGUACAAAACUGUGGAAACCUGGACAAGCAAACAGCAUUGGGUAAUACAGUUCUACACUACUGCAGUAUGUAUAACAAGCCUGAGUGUUUGAAAUUGCUUUUGAGGGGGAAGCCAACUAUUGAUGUAGUAAACCAAGCUGGAGAGACUGCUCUGGACACAGCAAAAAGAGCGAAAGCUGUCCAGUGUGAGGAACUGCUUUCUCAAGCCAAGGCAGGAAAGCUAAACCCACACGUCCAUGUGGAGUAUGACUGGAAUCUCCGGCAGGAUGAAAUUGAUGAAAGUGAUGAUGACUUAGAUGAUAAGCCUAGUCCUAUAAAGAAGGAAAGAUCUCCAAGACCCCAAAGUUUCUGUCACUCUUCAAGCCUUUCUCCCCAAGACAAACUGACUCAUCCUUCAUUUAGCACUCCCAGAGACAAGCAAAGACUCUCCUAUGGAGCUUUUACCAACCAGAUCUUUGCUUCUGCAAGCACAGACUCACCCACCUCUCCAACUUCUGAUGCUCCUCCUCUUCCUCCUAGAAAUGCUGGCAAAGGUAAUGAUUUGGGCCCACCUUCAACUAAGGCUGCAAACAAGUUUGAGGGGAUGUCUCAGCAGUCAAGCACUGGGUCUGCAAAGACUGCACUUGGCCCUAGAGUUCUUCCCAAACUACCUCAGAAAGUGGCACUAAGGAAAAUAGAAACCAGUCAUCAUCUUUCAAUAGAUAAAUCCCAUCAGCACAUGGAAAUGUUUCAGAAGCCCUCACUGUCUAUCGAUAUACCACAGAAACCACAACCUGGAGACUUGCCCCCAAAGCCUCUGCCUCUGGAAUUAACUCAGAAACCUCAAGUGGGAGAUUUACCCCCAAAGCCUGGAGAACUACCCCCAAAGCCUCACCUAGGAGACUUGCCACCAAAACCACAGCUUGGAGACUUACCUCCAAAGCCACAAAUGAAGGACCUUCCUCCAAAACCUCAGCUAGCAGAUAUGUUGGCUAAAACUCAAGGUGGAGAAGCAGCUCCAAAGCCUCAGCCCUCAGAAGCAAAUCAAAAAUCUCACUCCAUAGAUCUUUCUCCAAACGUACAAUCUCGAGACACCGUCCAAAGGCAACCAUCUGAAGAGUCCAAUGACAUCACACACACCCUGCCAGAAACCCCUGUGCCACUCCCCAGGAAAAUAAAUAUGGGGAAGAACAAAGUUAGGCGAGUGAAGACCAUUUAUGACUGUCAGGCAGAUAAUGAUGAUGAGCUCACGUUUGUUGAAGGAGAAGUAAUUGUUGUAACUGGUGAAGAGGACCAAGAGUGGUGGAUUGGCCACAUCGAAGGACAGCCAGAGAGGAAAGGGGUCUUUCCAGUGUCCUUUGUGCACAUUCUGUCAGACUAGUAAAAACAAACAAACAAAUCCUAAACUUGAGCAUUGCACAUUCUUCAUGCAAGACGGGCUUUUUAGCAAAAGCGAACGCUGCUGCCUCCCUGUAAUCCUGUGCACAAUUGUAUAUAUAGCUGCUGUUACAGAUUAAGAAUUCAUUUAAGUUUCACCUCAUGAGGUUGAAUUCUAUGUAUUGUAAAUAUACUGUGUUAUUCUGCCUUUGCCAGUAUUAUGGUAGCCUUGGAACCUGGCACGCCUUAUUGGGUUUGUUGAAGCCAUCCUCGGCAUCUAGCACUUCCAACUCUGUCCGUGCUGUCCCUCUCCUGGGGACUGCCAGCUUCCCAGCACAGGUGGUCUCCAUCAACCAUGUAACUGUACAGAAAUGACUGUUCCUAAUAACUUGGUAUUCUCAAUAUACAACUAGCAGAAAGUUAGAAUGAGUGAAUGGUUUUGGACAAUUUAAAACUCAGUCUGCAGUUUAUAAGUGUAUGCAGUUUACAGCUAUGAAACCCACUUUGGUAUUUAUUUAAUAUAGUGCUCAGUUAAGUGUAAUUAUGAAGACAAAUAUUCACUGACUCUACAGAUAACAGUAAUGUUUUACAGUGUGCAUACAGCAUUUCAUGUUUAUAUUAUGUGGACCUAUGCCAAACUGUGAUUGCAGUUCCCCUGUGAUAUUACCUCACUAUAAAAGGUUACAAAUUUAUUUCAUUCGAAAACUUAUUUUAAUGACAAUUAGUCAUAUUGUUCUUUAGUAGGUAUAUGUGAAAUUUGCUGGUUUCUUUCACUCAGUUCUUAGUGACCAAGGACUUCUAGCAGAUGUUAACUGUUGACAUUAUGCAUGCAUUUAGACGCUUACUUGAAACCUGCCUUUGUACAAAAGUAGUACUGUAGUCAUGUAGCUACAUUUGAGGAAAAGAACAUUUUAACUUACUUGCUAUUCAGAUUAAUGUGAGCUUGCACCAGUAUUUGUUUAUAGCUAAAUUGGCUCUUGGAAAAAUGAUUUUGUGGAUUUUUUUCCUCUGUCUUCAACCUCGCUAAAAGUUAGUUACCUAAAAUACAAUUUUUACGUGGUGAUAUAAGGAUAAAUUUAAAUUACUUUUGAUGCUCUAAAAAGGUGGAAGCUAAGAUGACCUCUCUUGCAUUUGAUCAGGCUGCUAAGGAUAGAGCUCAGAUCUCAAGUAUCAGGCUGUUUCCAUAGAGUUCACUCAGCUGCGACAGUAACAGUUGUAACUCAAAGCACCAAGUAACAGACAACUGUUUAUCCAGCUAAUUUCUAAGAAAAUCUUUGGAAGGCUACAUUUGACCUGAGGUUUCUUGAACGUCGGUAUGAAGUCGCAUUGCCAGAAAACACUUCAGUGUAUUACUGGAAACUUUAAUUUCCUACAUCACUUUCAACAUAAUUUUUAAACUUCUGAAACAUCCUGCGGUUGUGUUUCUCCCAUGGUUUGUCUGUAGCAGGUUCCAUGACUUUUCAUAUGUAGUUUUGUAUUUCUUGCUUUAAAUGUUAUUUUGGCUUCAGUACCUAGUGCUGCUGUUUCAAAGCAGAUUGUCUUGGCUGCAUGGAAAGAUUUUCAUUUCAUAAAAGCACAUCUCAGACUUUCUGAGGUCUUUCAUUUCUAAUUCAGUUUUACAAGACUGUAGUCAGUGAAUAUUUAAUUCUGUUUGUGGUUAAUUUAGAAACAAAUAUCAGUCUAAAUCCCACAUGGAAAAAAAAGGCAAAAAUAAUCAACUGUUAAUGGUUUUAUCAUGUAUAACACAAAAUUUAGUCAAAAAACCACCAUGCAAUGAGUGAGCCUGCUGGCACCUAAUCUUCAGUAUUACCAGCUCCAGUAUUUCAGAUUUUAUUCUGGUUUUUAUGGAAAGGAAGUCAGGUUUAGCAGUUAUUUAGCAUUCCAUUUUAUCCGUUACUACAAUGUUUUAAGUUGCAUUAAAAGAACAAAACCUAUUCACUUUUGUGGUCAAUUGUAUUUUUAAGUGAUCUUGAAAUAAACUGAUAAAAGCAAAUCAUAUAAAGAAAACCUAGGCAUGUAAAAUUAUGUAGAGUCAAAUGUCUAUUCUUUUCUACGCUCUUUAAAAUAGUAUACAUAUGCAUUUUAUAAAAUUAAAUUAGUUCCAUCGGGAACAAUAGUUCUGUUUAUUCUGGCUUAUUGUGGGUCAUGAGAAAUCUGAAAAUGUAUGAUAUUGAUUGAGUUUAAGUACAGUGUUAUAUUUGAACUCAAUGAGCCACUGUCUGCAAUUUUGUAUAUGACAUAGUAUUUGGAAAGUCUAAAUCUUUAUGGAAAAUUAGCUGAUAAAGGGUUGGGGGGAGGGGCAGGGGAAGGUGCCCCCAGAGGGGGAAGUUUGCUCUGCAGAUGAUGUCUUAUUUACUGUUGAACAACAGUUGCUAUUUAUUUUUUUAUUACAUAGUACAUCAACAUGUACAGAAAUCAGAUCUGGUCAUGCCACUAGUUAAAAUCUUGACUUCUCAUUGAAUGUUAAGGUAAAACAUCAGUACACAUGUCUAUUCACAUGUAUUUAAUGUGACAGUUUUUGAGUACUGUAUGUGUUAAUUUCUACUUUUUUAAUAUUUAAAAUUGCUUUUAAAUAAAUGUAUUCAGUUGAUCCCAGA